AAACAUAUCAUAAAAAACAAUAAACUGAUAUAUGAGAUAAUGGAAGACAGUUCCAAUAAAAAGUAUAUUUUAAAUAUUUGUAAAAUUGCAUAUAAAAUGUUUGUUAACAAUAAAAUAAUUUUUUCCAAAGAUGAAAUUCAAGCUUUUACUAAUGACUUUGAUAAAAAUGAAGUUAAUUUCUUUGGAUUUAUAGAAAGGAUUGAAAUAGAUCUUGGUUGUUAUUAUCAAUUUGUUCAUUUGACAAUAAUGGAGUUUUGUGCAUCUGUAUAUGCAUAUAAUUGUUUAAGUAGUGAUAAGAUUGUGGCCAAUAAGAGGCUGAAGAGUUGUUUAUCAAUGAUUUGUGGAUUAGCCAAUAAAAACCCAAAUAGUUUAUUAAAGUUUCUUGUUAACCUGGAUUCUUCAAAAAAAACCUAUAAAGAAUCUUCAUUUUUGUUUUCUAUUUUGGAUCGUCUAAGUAAAAGUGAUAAAAGAAAAGAUUACCAUGAUUUAUUCAUUGAAUGUUUUUAUGAAAGUCAAUCAUCAUUUAAUGAUGAAAUUAAAUCAAUUGUUGAUAAAAGAUGGCGGUGGAAGAUUUGGAUUGACAAUAGAAAAACUUCUUACUUAACUUCUUGCGAAAAUUAUUUCAUAAAUCAUUACGUAAAAUCUGGAAGAAAGUUAUGGUGUUUACGUGUUAAUAAAAAUAUUUUAAGUGAUGAAGAAAAAAAACUUUUAGUUCAAUGUUCAACUAAUGUUUGCAAUGUCAUCUUUUAUCGUCCAAAUAAUUUCGAAGGAUGGAAACCGAAAGAUAAGAUUGAAGUGUUGGGGAUAUGGAUCUCAGAUUAUUUAAUAACAAAAAAAGAUUUUGAAGAAAAUUUUCUUCCGUGGAUUAAUCUUUGUGAAGAAUUAUAUCUUAAACUUCACAAAGACAUUGAUUUUAUUAAAGAAUUAUAUGAAUGGAUUCGUUGUUCGAAUGUCGAGAAGUUUAGGAUCACGUACCGUGGAGAAUCUUUUGAAAACCUCGAUGAUUGAAUGAAAACCUCGAUGUAUUAAAAAACUUUACAACACGAUAAAAUAUUUAAUACCUUAAAUAUAUUAAAUAAAAACAAUAACUAUAAAUAACUAAUGAAAUAUUUAAUGUAUUAUU